AAAAAAAUGACAUUUUGCAAAAUAAGAAUCACCCUUUGACUUUGCCAUCUCUGCUUUGAUUGGAUGUUCCAUCCAUACGAAAAGUAAAAAGUUUUCUAGCUGACGGACUGUGAAAAUUUAAGGGGGAGGUGCGAACGAAAGUGAUUUGUCUUUAAUUCGAAGAGAUCUUCGCUUCAAUUAAUUUUUUUUUAUUUCCAACCAAAUAAAAAAGAAAAGGAAAAACCAAACACACAAUCUAAAAUAACCAACUUAACUUUGCAAAACCAAUUUUGGAACAUCUCUUCAGCUGGUUUUGUUUCAAAGAAAACUUCAAAAACACAAAUUCAAUUUAGAUAAAACAAAAAAACAGCAAUCAAAACAACAACAACCACAAACAAACAAAAACUUACGAAAAAUGGCUCACGUCGGACGAACAGUUAAAAACCUAGAGGCACCACGUCCGCUCAAGUCUCAAUCGAGACCAAAUUUAAAAAAUAAUUACAUGCUCAUCGAAGAACUCAUUCAAUUAAUUGAAAAUGUUGCCUUGAAUCUAGCCUCGGGUAUUAAUAAUCCCGAGCCAAUGGUGUCUCUGGUUCAGAAUUUACGGGUUCAUGGACCACAGUUGGAAAAUGUUUCCAAAGAUACGCUCGACAGAGCAUUUGUAGUGUUUCGGAAUGCCUCACAGGAUGAGCGACUAAACAUUAUGACCAGACUGAAUCUACUUGAACUGAUUGAAUUGCGAGCCAAAGGUUGGCAAGACAAUGGCUUCAAUUCCUAUUAUAAAAGCAAAGCAACAAAUGUUGAACCUGAAAGUGCAAAUAAUCACACAGUAGUUGUUGAUCAAUCAUCAGAGUAUUUAAGCACCUCCCCCACAAUGGGUGGAGUAAAUACAGCUCGACUACAGCAAACACAGCUCCUUGGUCCGGGCGAAAUCAUCCGUAAUUCUGGCAAAUUCCCCAAGCCAACAAAAAUCCCUGGAAAAACUUAUUGCAAAGAUGAAGUUGUCAUUCGCAAUGCUGAUUCUGGCAAAGUUAUGGGCAUUAAGGGAAGACGAGUCCAUAUGAUUGAGGAGUUAAGUGAAACGAUAAUAUCUUUCCAAAGAGUAAAUCCCGGAGCCAAAGAGAGAUUGGUGCAGAUUACUGGACCAAGCGAAGAGAAGAUUAACUACGCUAAACAACUUAUCGAAGAUACAAUACGCAGAAAUGCAUCGCCUGUUCGUUUGGAUCCAUCAAUGGGUGGCGGACAUAGCGGCGGUGGUGGUGCUGGUGGCUCAUGUAGUUCUCUAGCUUCAUCCGCAUCGGAUGAAGCCCAACCGAGAACUGUUAGUGGCAGCAUUUCUCACAACAUGCCCAAUCGAUUGAGUCUUAAUUCGACGUCAGCUGGUAAUUUCCUUACUGGCUCAACAAACAGUCCAAAUUUGAUGUCUUCGACCCCAUCAACCAAAAUGAUGCGCAAUAAUCAACAAGCGUUACUUCAUUCAUUCUCAACGAAUGAUGCUUCACUUGGUGAAUACAAGUAUACAGUUAAUGUGGGUCAGCAUUUAAUCAAAAUAACAGGAGAUUGUUGUGAUUUAGUUCGAGUAGCUAAACUGGUACUUGAUGACUAUUUUAGCAGCAAUGAGUUUCUGGCAUCUGUGGAAGCAGGUGCAGCCUUCGAUGGAUCAAUGGUCAGUCCAAUUUCAACACCAAGUACUCCAAUGGGUGGUCCCCCUCAGUUUAUAAUGGGAACACCCCUUCAAAUGGCUCCUCCAUUGGCCGACAGUGGAAUUGGCUUAAACUAUAUGGCUGGACAGAUUUCCAAUACAAUGGCCGAAGGCGAUGAUGAUGUCUUUGUAGAUGCUUCAUCGCUUAGCAAUGGUUUAGCCCGGUCAAGAAGAAGCCAUUUUUCACGCAAGGAUUCAGUGCCAGAAACUAAUCGUAUCAAAAGCGAAGGAUCAAAUGCGGACUCUGUGCGAAUUAUCCACGAAUACGAACACCUUUUGUUCUAUUCAAAAAGUCCACAUUCAUGGUCAUUGCCCAGUGAUUGGCAGAAAAUCUGUGAGCGAUUUCCAAAGAUCAUAAGGAACAAGAACAUCAACGAUGAGACGGAUCGAUUUGACGGUGAGAAAUACUUGCAGCUGGUUAAAUCAGCCAGCAAACGAAACAUAGCAACAGCUGAUGAAACGACAAAUGAUACAGACAACCCCCAUGAUAACGAGUGAAUCAAAGAUAUUAUUUUUGUAUUAAAUUAUUAUUAUUUUUUUUUUAUUUUCAAAUUUUGUUAUUUGAUGAUGAUGGGUAAAAUCAUUUAACGCAUCCUUUUUUUUUUAUUAUUUUUAAAACUUUAUUUGUGCGAAAAUUAUUAUUAUUAACGAAAUGUUCGUAUAAGUGCAAUUAGAGAGGCGCGUUUUUGUGAUAAAAUGUAUAAACUUAGUCACAGUUCAGGAAUUUGUAUCUUAUUUUGUUUGGAAAAGAGACAAGUUUUUGAAUGAAUUCAUUUUUGACUUGGUUAAUAAUUACUCAUGUUGUACUAGGUUUUUAUACAUUUUAGCACAAAAAUACGACCUACAAUAAUUUUUGUCUUCAAUAUCAAAACACGCGUUGUUUCAUACAAGAUUUAGACCUAAGUUCUUAUCACAUUUAUACACACAUAUACACACACAAUUUUUAUCUAUUAACGACGAUUAAUUAAUUUUCCUUUUUCCAAUUUGAUUUUUUUUUUUUUGGUUUGAUAUUUUUAAUUUUGGGUUCUUAGUAAAAAUUACUGUCCUAGUUAAGAAUAUUAAUUAAGUCACCUAUACUUAUUACUAACUUAUUUUUCUGAGUUUAUAAAAGUGCUGUACAUACAAAAGUAAAGAUUUUUAAAAUCUUAAAUUAUGGUCCUCCAGAUUAAUUCUCUGAUUCAGUUAGUUGCAUUCACACCACGUUGUUGUGCAGGAUUAAGCAGCAUUCAUUAUGUAUGCGAAUCUUAGAACAAAAAGUUCCUAUGUACCGUUAAAUAGAUAAGGAGAGAACAGAAAUCAAUUCUUGAAUAUUUUUCAAAUAGAAUUUUACUAAAAUCA